GCGGGCGCAUGCGCAGGGGGGCGCGCCGCCUCUGCCCCGCGGCGAGGGUGUCUAUGGAGAGGCGGCGACCGCGGCUGCUGAAGGAGCGGAGGCUGAGGCCGCGGCGAUGGCGCCCUUCCCUGACGAGGUGGACGUCUUCACCGCGCCGCACUGGCGGAUGAAGCAGCUGGUGGGGCUCUACUGCGACAAGCUUUCUAAAACCAACUUUUCCAACAACAAUGAUUUCCGUGCUCUUCUGCAGUCUUUGUAUGCUACUUUCAAAGAGUUCAAAAUGCAUGAGCAGAUUGAAAAUGAAUACAUUAUUGGCCUACUUCAACAACGCAGCCAGACCAUUUAUAAUGUACAUUCUGACAAUAAACUCUCUGAGAUGCUUAGCCUCUUUGAAAAGGGAUUGAAGAAUGUUAAGAAUGAAUAUGAGCAGUUAAAUUAUGCAAAACAGCUGAAAGAGAGAUUGGAGGCUUUUACAAGGGAUUUUCUUCCACACAUGAAAGAGGAGGAAGAGGUUUUUCAACCCAUGUUAAUGGAAUAUUUUACCUAUGAAGAGCUUAAGGAUAUUAAGAAAAAAGUGAUUGCACAACACUGCUCUCAGAAGGACACUGCAGAACUCCUUAGAGGUCUUAGCCUGUGGAAUCAGGCUGAAGAACGACAGAAGUUUUUCAAAUAUUCUGUGGAUGAAAAAUCAGAUACUGAAGCAGAAGUGGCAGAGCACUCAACAGGUAUAACCCAUCUUCCACCUGAGGUAAUGCUGUCGAUUUUCAGUUACCUUAAUCCUCAAGAAUUAUGCCGGUGCAGUCAAGUCAGCACCAAAUGGUCUCAGCUGGCAAAAACUGGAUCCCUUUGGAAACAUCUUUACCCUGUGCAUUGGGCCAGAGGGGACUGGUACAGUGGUCCUGCUGCUAACCUUGAUACUGAGCCCGAUGAAGAAUGGGUGAGAAGCAGGCGAGAUGAGAGUCGUGCUUUUCAGGAGCGGGAUGAAGAUGCUGAUAUAGACGAAUCUGAAGAGUCUGCAGAGGAGUCGACUGCUAUCAGCAUUGCACAAAUGGAAAAACGCUUACUCCAUGGCUUAAUUCAUAAUGUUCUGCCGUAUGUCGGUACUUCUGUAAAAACUUUAGUGUUGGCAUACAGCUCUGCAGUUUCCAGCAAAAUGGUUAGGCAGAUUUUAGAGCUUUGCCCUAACUUGGAGCAUCUGGAUCUUACUCAGACUGACAUUUCCGAUUCUGCAUUUGACAGUUGGUCUUGGCUUGGUUGCUGCCAAAGUCUUCGGCAUCUGGAUCUGUCGGGAUGUGAGAAGAUCACAGAUGUGGCUCUAGAGAAGAUUUCUAGAGCUCUUGGGAUUCUAGCAUCUCAUCAGAAUGAUUUCCUGAAAACUACUCCAAGCAGAAUUACUGCAGCUAAAUGGAAAGACAAAGACAUUACUAUGCAGUCUACCAGGCAGUAUUCCUGUUUGCGCGAUUUAACUCAAAAAGGCAUUGCAGAAGAAAUAGACAGUGAGCACACCUGGACUAAGCCUGUUUCUUCUGAAGGUUUUACUUCUCCGUAUGUGUGGAUGUUAGAUGCUGAAGAUUUGGCUGAUAUUGAAGAUGCAGUGGAAUGGAGACACAGAAACGUUGAAAGUCUCUGUGUAAUGGAAACAGCAUCCAACUUCAGUUGUUCCUCGUCUGGUUGUUACAGUAAGGAUAUUGUUGGACUAAGGACUAGUGUCUGCUGGCAGCCACAUUGCGCUUCUCCGGCCUUUGCUUAUUGUGGCCAUUCAUUCUGUUGCACAGGAACAGCUCUAAGAACUAUGUCAGCACUCCCAGAGUCUUCUGCAAUGUGUAGGAAAGCGUUAAGGACUACAUUGCCUAGGAGGAAAGACUUACUUGAGUUUGGGAGUGAAAAAUCUGAUCAAGAGACUGGACGUGUACUUUUGUUUCUCAGUCUGUCUGGCUGUUACCAGAUUACAGACCACGGUCUCAGGGUUCUGACUCUGGGAGGAGGGCUGCCUUACUUGGAGCACCUUAAUCUCUCUGGUUGUCUUACUGUAACUGGUGCAGGCCUGCAGGAUUUGGUUUCAGCUUGUCCUUCUCUAAAUGACGAAUACUUCUACUACUGUGACAACAUUAACGGUCCUCAUGCCGAAACCGCCAGCGGAUGCCAGAAUUUGCAGUGUGGUUUUCGAGCCUGCUGCCGAUCUGGCGAAUGACCCUUGACUUCUGAUCUUUGUCUACAUUUAGCUGAGCAGGCUUCCUUUCAUGCACUUUACUUAUAGCACAUUUCUUGUGUUAACAUCCCUUUUUGAGUGUGUCUUGUUUUGGCCUCAUUUCUUACAACCUCAGAAAUCUAAAUACCCAGUGAAUUGUACAGUGUUGUUUAUUAUGCACAAUAUAUUUUUGUUUUAGAAAGGUAUUAGGGUUUUUCAUAAGGGUGAGAACAGUCUUACUAGAUUUCUUUUAAACAAAAUGCUUCAAAAAGAAUGUUACUAGCCAGGCAUGGUGGUGCAUACCUCUAAUCCAGCAUUUGGGAGCCUGAGGCAGUAGAAUUGCUGUGAAUUCAGGUUAGUCUGGCCUCUGUAGUUAGUUCAAGGCCAACCUGAACUACAUAAUGAGACCCUGUCUCAACAAAAAUGUCACUAAUGCAGUGCCAUUGAAAGUAUGGUUUAGAUUAUUUUAAAGUUGGAAAAAAAUUUUCGAGGAUUAUUGGUUCUUUUUAUGUAUAAACACUGUACCCAACUUUGCAGGUCAUUUCAGACAUACAUUUCUGAAGUUUUAUUUUUAAAGACUGCACAUGUUGGAAACUAAUCUCUUUUCCAUAACUUUUUUUUUAUUUGAACAAUUAUAAGGGGCCAAUUCAAGCACACCCACAUAUGAGAUCCUUUGAGAUUAUAGAACGAUUGGCUUUGGAGUGAGCUCAGUGAGCCAGCAGGGCACCAGUUUAUUUAUAUUUGCUUUUGUCCAAAACCCCUGGUUCUACCACUGCCCUAAAUUGUCAGAUUUGAGAGGGAUUUUUAAUAAUUCCACAGUCAUUUGAAGAAAUGUAUAAAUAAAAUCUACUUUGAGGACUUUACCAAGUAA